GCAUACGCCGCAUGGUUUGGUUUCUUUGAAUUUUUUGUGACCCGAUCUCUCGAGUAGGAACUAAUUCAAAGACGCCGGCGCCGGCGCUCCUCCAGCACCAGGGCGGCGCAGCCCACGAAGGGAUAAAAACCGUCGUGGUCGAUGAAGACGUGUGCAGCGGCGUUUGCAUUUACAUUGUUACUUGGAACAUGAAUGGGCAAGCGCGUUAUGGGGAUUUGGAAAAGCUGGUCGGAGGAAAAGGCGGCAGCCGGGAAUUUGAGCUCGUCGUUGUCGGGUUGCAGGAGGUGCCACGGUCGGAUGUUUCCCGCCUGUUGCAGUCGGCUUUGGCUGAGUCUCACAUGUUGGUAGGAGAAGCAACCAUGCAAUCUCUGCAACUCUAUGUGUUCUGCUCCAAGAACUCUGACUUUUUUAUCAAAGAGGUGAAGGUGGAUAAACAAUCAAUUGGAGGGUGUGGCGGAUUGCUGAGAAGAAAGAAAGGUGCUGUGGCCAUUUUUCUUAAUUACAGAGGCAUCCGAAUGCUCUUCAUUUCUUGUCAUCUCUCUGCUCACGCUCACAAGGUAGAGGAGAGGAACUGGGAGUGCAAACACAUAACGCACUCGUUAUUUUCAAAGAAAUGGAACCCUUAUGCAUUGCCCGUUCAAGUCACCGUUUGGUUGGGGGAUCUCAACUACAGAAUUGAAGGGAUCAGCACACACCCAGCUCGAAAUUUGAUCCGCAAAAAUCUUCUUUCACUGCUAAGGAGCAGAGAUCAGCUUAUGCAAGAAGCUGAAAGAGGACGCAUAUUCGAUGGCUACUGCGAAGGAACAUUGUCGUUCAAACCGACCUACAAAUACAACGUCGGAAGUAGCAAAUACGACAGCAGUUAUAAGGUGAGAGUGCCAUCGUGGACGGACAGGAUCUUGUUCAAACUAGAUGAGGAGGAGAAGAUUAGUGCAAAUUUAUGUUCCUAUGACUCAAUGGAUGAGAUUUACAGUUCCGACCACAAGCCAGUUAAAGCUCAGCUUUGUCUUCCACUUACAAACACAUCCUCGUCUUAGUACCAGCUGCUCCCCACUCCAACCCACACUGCCUUCUCUGUAUGUAUCCCUUAUUCCUAAUUUCUUUCGUUCCAUUCGUCUCUUUCGUAUUUAUAUGCAUGUGUAUGUGUAUGUGUAAGUAUGUAUGUAUGUAUUACACUGAUUAUAAUUGACUGUGUAUUUAGUUUAGAAAAAAUGCAA